AUGCCGCACGGAGCUGCGGUGGAGCAGGGAAUCGAGAUGAACAACUUCACCCACCAUCCUAAUCCCGCCAUUAGGAAGCUGAAGGACAACCGAUACGACUCUUUCAAGACGUGGUCGGGAAAGCUCGAGAGGCAGAUCUCCCAUCUGCGAGGGAAGCCGAGGGAGGAAUCUUUGCCUGAAGAUUCCGUUGUACAUGUGUUACAGAAGAUCGAUAGCAACAAAGACGCCUUGCCUGUAGAUCGGUACUUCGAUGCGCUCGAAGGCCCUGAAUUGGACACCCUCAGGCCUUCAGAAGAAAUAGUCCUGCCGGACGACAAAACAUGGCCGUUCCUCCUCCGCUACCCGGUCUCAUCCUUCGGUAUCUGCCUCGGAGUCAGCAGCCAAGCAAUCAUGUGGAAGGCUCUCGCCACUUCCCCUUCCACCAAGUUCCUCCACAUCACUCACCACAUCAACCUCGUGCUCUGGUCCAUCUCGGUCGCCCUGUUCGUCGUCGUGGCGGCCAUCUACCUCCUCAAACUGGUCCUCUACUUCGAAGCCGUCCGGCGAGAGUACUACCACCCGAUCCGCGUCAACUUCUUCUUCGCCCCGUGGAUCGCCCUCCUCUUCCUCGCCAUCGGCCUCCCCAACUCCGUCGUCACCACGCUCCCCCACGCGCUCUGGUACGUCCUCAUGGCCCCGUUCCUCUUCCUCGAGCUGAAGAUCUACGGCCAGUGGAUGUCCGGCGGGCAGAGGAGGCUGUCGAAAGUGGCGAACCCUUCGAACCAUCUGUCGAUCGUGGGGAACUUCGUCGGGGCGUUGUUGGGGGCGUCGAUGGGGUUGAAGGAAGGUCCCAUUUUCUUCUUUGCUGUUGGGAUGGCGCACUACACGGUGCUGUUCGUGACUCUGUAUCAGAGGCUUCCUACAAACGAGACAUUACCGAAAGAGCUCCAUCCGGUGUUCUUCCUGUUCGUCGCGGCUCCUAGCGUCGCUUCCAUGGCUUGGGCGAAGAUUCAAGGGUCGUUCGACAAUGGCUCCAGGAUUGCAUACUUCAUUGCUCUGUUCCUCUACUUCUCUCUGGCAGUACGAGUCAACUUCUUCAGAGGAUUCAAGUUCUCGUUGGCAUGGUGGGCGUACACGUUCCCCAUGACGGGUGCAGCCAUAGCGACGAUCCGGUACUCGAACGAGGUCACCAACGUAGUCACACAAGCACUCGCAGUCGCGCUAUGCGCCAUUUCUACGCUCAUCGUGACCGGCCUGCUGGUGUCCACGAUCCUGCACGCGUUCGUUCUCCGCGACCUCUUCCCCAACGACAUUGUCAUCGCCAUCAGCGACAGGAAGCCCAAGCACAGCAGCCGCGGCCACCAUCACUUGAAGUGGUUGCAUCGGAGGACCGGGAGCUCGGAGACCAGGGACGUCGAGCAUUACCUGAAGUUCGCCAACUCCGAUUGCAAGGACGUCGAGGCUGGUUUCGACCAUCAAGGAUCGGAUGGCAGUACUAACAAUGUCAAGCAGCAGCUGCAAGAUCAUUGA